CCAAAGGAUCCUGGGCUGACACUCCCAGCAGGAUAGAUCCUGGGAAUCUGAUCUCCUGGCCUCCCCCACAUCCUCCCCCCGCCCCACACUUCCUGGAGCAGCGACCUGCCCCCUUCCCGCCUGCACUCCCCUCCACUUCCAGGGCCGGGCUUCUCCUCAAAGCAGCCAGACAGCCUCCCCUCCGCCCAGGGGAAGCCGCUGCCUCAGCCAGGCCACUUCCAGGAAGCCCCGGCCAGGCCCCAGCAUUGUUCAGGCCUCUCGGCCAGCACCCAGGCCAGCCAGACACCAUGAAGUCCAGCGGCCCCAUGGAGAGGCUGCUCAGAGCCCUGGGGAGGAGGGACAGCAGCCGGGCCACCAGCAGGCCUAGGAAAGCUGAGCCACAUAGCUUCCGGGAGAAGGUUUUCCGGAAGAAACCGCCGGUCUGUGCAGUGUGUAAGGUGACCAUCGAUGGGACAGGUGUCUCGUGCAGAGUCUGCAAGGUGGCAACACACAGAAAAUGUGAAGCAAAGGUGACUUCAUCCUGUCAGGCCUUGCCUCCGGCAGAGCUGCGGCGGAACACAGCCCCAGUAAGGCGCAUAGAGCACCUGGGAUCCACCAAGUCUCUGAACCACUCGAGGCAGCGCAGCACUCUGCCCAGGAGCUUCAGUCUGGACCCGCUCAUGGAGAGGCGCUGGGACUUGGAUCUCACCUACGUGACAGAGCGGAUCCUGGCCGCCGCCUUCCCCGCGCGGCCCGACGAGCAGCGACACCGGGGCCACUUGCGCGAGCUGGCUCACGUGCUGCAAUCCAAGCACCGCGACAAAUACCUGCUCUUCAACCUUUCAGAGAAAAGACAUGACCUGACUCGCCUAAAUCCCAAGGUCCAGGACUUUGGCUGGCCUGAGCUGCACGCCCCGCCCCUGGACAAGCUGUGCUCAGUCUGCAAGGCCAUGGAGACGUGGCUCAGUGCUGACCCACAGCACGUGGUAGUACUGUACUGCAAGGGGAGCAAGGGCAAGCUCGGGGUCAUCGUCUCUGCAUACAUGCACUACAGCAAGAUCUCCGCUGGGGCAGACCAGGCACUAGCUACACUUACCAUGCGAAAGUUCUGCGAGGACAAGGUGGCCGCGGAACUGCAACCCUCCCAGCGCCGAUAUAUCAACUACUUCAGUGGUCUGCUGUCCGGCUCCAUCAGAAUGAACAGCAGCCCUCUCUUCCUGCACUAUGUGCUCGUGCCCAUGCUGCCAGCCUUUGAACCCAGCAUAGGCUUCCAGCCCUUCCUCAAGAUCUACCAGUCUAUGCAGCUUGUCUACACAUCUGGAGUCUAUUGCAUUGCAGGCCCUGGUCCCCAGCAGCUUUGCAUCAGCCUGGAGCCAGCCCUCCUCCUCAAAGGCGACGUCAUGGUGACAUGCUAUCACAAGAGUGGCCGAGGCACUGACCGGACCCUCGUGUUCCGAGUCCAGUUUCACACAUGCACCAUCCAUGGACCACUGCUCACCUUCAGCAAGGACCAGCUGGAUGAGGCCUGGACGGAUGAGAGGUUCCCCUUCCAAGCCUCGGUGGAGUUUGUCUUCUCCUCCGGCCCCGAGAAGAUCAAAGGCAGCACCCCACGGAAUGACCCCUCUGUCUCUGUUGACUACAACACGGCAGAGCCCGCCGUCCGCUGGGACUCCUACGAGAACUUCAACCAGCACCACGAGGACAGUGUGGACGGCUCCCUGACCCACACCCGGGGUCCCCUGGAUGGCAGUCCCUAUGCUCAGGUGCAGCGGGCCCCCCGGCAGACCCCACUGGCACCCUCUCCAGAGCCACCUCCACCCCCCAUGCUCUCUGUCAGCAGUGACUCUGGCCAUUCAUCCACGCUGACCACAGAGCCUGCUGCCGAGUCCCCAGGCCGGCCACCCCCAACAGCUGCUGAGCAGCAGGAGCUGGAUCGUCUCUUGGGAGGCUGUGGAGUGGCCAGUGGAAGCCGGGGAGCUGGGCGUGAGACAGCCAUCCUAGACGACGAGGAGCAGGCCCCCUCGGGCGGAGGCCCCCAUCUCGGGAUGUAUUCAGGCCACAGGCCUGGCCUCAGCCGCCUCUGCUCCUGCCGCCAGGGCUAUCGGGAACCCUGCGGGGCCCCCAAUGGGGGCUACUACAGGCCGGAGGGAACCAUGGAGAGGCGGCGACUGGGCUAUGGGGGCUACGAGGGCCCCCCCCAGGGCUAUGCUGAGGCCUCUAUGGAGAAGAGGCGCCUCUGCCGGUCGCUGUCUGAGGGGCCGUACCCGUACCAGCCUGAGCUGGGCAAACCAGCCAAUGUGGACUUUGGCUACCGCUCCCCAGGCUACCGGGAGGUGGUGAUCCUGGAGGACCCUGGACUGCCUGCCUUAUGCCCAUGCCCGGCCUGUGAUGAGAAGCUGGCCUUGCCCACAGCAGCCCUCUAUGGGCUGCGGCUGGAGAGGGAGGCUGGAGAGGGGUGGGCGGGUGAGGCUGGCAAGCCUCUCUUGCACCCAGUACGGCCAGGGCACCCCCUGCCCCUGCUGGUGCCUGCCUGUGGGCAUCACCAUGCCCCGAUGCCUGACUACAGCUGCUUGAAGCCCCCCAAGGCAGGCGAGGAGGGGCAUGAGAACUGCUCCUACACCCUGUGCCCAGAAGGCAGGUAUGCACAUCCAGGGUACCCUGCCCUGGUGGCAUAUGGCUGUGGAGGAGCAGUUCCCAGUUACUGCCCAGCAUAUGGCCGGGUGCCUCGCAACUGUGGGUCUCCAGACGAGGGCAGAGGGUAUCCUACCCCUGGUGCCCACUCCCCACGGGCUGGCUCCAUUUCCCCGGGAAGCCCAUCCUACCCACAAUCCAGGAAGCUGAGCUACGAGAUCCCUGCAGAGGAGGGAGGGGACAGGUAUCCCCUGCCCGGGCACUUGGCCCCAGCUGGCCCUUUGGCAUCUGCAGAGUCCCCUGAGCCAGUCUCCUGGAGGGAGGGCCCCAGUGGGCAUAGCACACUACCUCGGUCUCCCCGAGAUGCCCAGUGCAGUGCCCCCUCAGAGUUGUCUGCUCCCUCCACACCGUUGCACACCAGCAGCCCAGUCCAGGGCAAGGAAAGCACCCAACGCCAGGACACCAGGUCCCCCACCUUGACACCCACUCAGAGACUGAGUCCUGGUGAGGCCUUACCCCCUGCAUCCCAGGAAGGCACUGAAAAGGCUCCUGAGCUGCCAGCAAGAAGUGGGCCUGAGUUUCCAGCCCCUGGCCCCUUCUCCCCGACCUCUCCUCCCAGUUCACCCAAUGACCGGCCUCAGGAAAGGAGCCCAGGGGGCCGUACAGACAGUGCCAGUCCACGGGGCCCAGUGCCUACCACACUGCCCGGCCUCCGCCAUGCACCCUGGCAGGGUCCUCAAGGCCCCCCAGACAGCCCGGAUGGGUCCCCCCUCACUCCUGUGCCUGCCCAGAUGCCCUGGCUUAUGGCCAGCCCAGAACCGCCUCAGAGUUCACCCACACCUGCCUUCCCAUUGGCUGCAUCCUAUGACACCAAUGGCCCUGCCCAGCCCCCACUUCCUGAGAAACGCCAUCUGCUGGGGCCUGGGCAGCAGCCAGGGCCCUGGGGCCCAGAGCAGGCCUCACCACCAGCCAGAGGCACCAGUCACCAUGUCACCUUCGCACCUCUGCUCCCGGAUAAUGCCCCCCACCUCCCAGAGUCCUCUACACAAGACAGCCAAAGCAAUGUCAAGUUUGUCCAGGAUACAUCCAAGUUCUGGUACAAACCACACCUCUCCCGCGACCAAGCCAUCACCCUGCUAAAGGACAAGGAGCCUGGUGCCUUCUUGAUCAGGGACAGUCAUUCAUUCCAAGGGGCUUAUGGACUGGCCCUCAAGGUGGCUACGCCUCCACCCAGUGCCCAGCCCUGGAAAGGGGACCCCGUGGAACAGCUGGUCCGCCAUUUCCUCAUUGAGACUGGGCCUAAAGGGGUGAAGAUCAAGGGCUGUCCCAGUGAGCCCCACUUUGGUAGCCUGUCUGCCCUAGUCUCCCAACACUCCAUCUCCCCCAUCUCCCUGCCCUGCUGCCUGCGCAUUCCCAGUAAAGAUCCUCUGGAAGAGACCACUGAGUCUCCAGUGCCCGCCAACAUGAGCACGGCAGCAGACCUCCUACGUCAGGGUGCCGCAUGCAGUGUGCUCUACCUGACCUCAGUGGAGAUGGAGUCACUGACAGGCCCCCAAGCCGUGGCCCGGGCCAGCUCUGCAGCUCUGAGCUGCAGCCCCCGCCCUACGCCAGCUGUUGUCCACUUUAAGGUCUCAGCCCAGGGCAUUACGCUGACAGACAACCAAAGGAAGCUCUUCUUUCGCCGCCAUUAUCCAGUGAACAGCAUCACCUUCUCCAGCACUGACCCUCAGGACCGGAGAUGGACCAACCCAGAUGGGACCACCUCCAGGAUCUUUGGUUUCGUGGCCAAGAAGCCUGGGAGCCCCUGGGAGAAUGUGUGUCACCUCUUCACAGAGCUUGACCCAGAUCAGCCUGCAGGUGCCAUUGUCACCUUCAUCACCAAAGUUCUACUGGGCCAGAGAAAGUGAAGGGAGGCCACAAGCUCAGAGCCCACAUCAACACUGCAUCCCCUCCUGGCACCCCACAGCCCUCACUUCCUCCUGGGUACCCAGGAGACCCAGCAGCCAGCCCCAUCCCUUAGGAAUGGGGAGCGGGCAUCAGCCUGGCACACUGCUCUCCUUCCCAACCCCAGCCUGCUAAGCUAAGUGACAGGCCCAUAAGAUGACCUUGCACGUGAGUGGAUGGCAGAGGUGUGCAUGUGAGGGUAAGGAAGCAUUGGAAGUUGAGCCCUGGCAGAGAUCAGGACAGCUGAGAACAUCAGCCUUGGAGGGGAAACAGGCCCUGCCAGCUCCAUCCAGCUGCAGGUCCCAGCAUGGCAGGGAUAGGGGAGAGGGGUUGGGAGAAGUCACUCCCUCCUCAGCCUCCCUCUCUGAGCAGAGAGACCAGAGUGGAAUCACAUGAAGAGGGGGGAAAAAAGAGUCUAUUUUUGUCUAAUAAUAAAGAAUUUCUAUAAAUUUUA